AUGUCUCGGUCCGAUUUGAAACGCACACUUGCUCAUCUUCUGUCACUGACCUUAAUAUACAGUUGUCGUGGAAUUCAAACUGAUGAUUCGGAAACAUAUUUAAGCAGCUUUAUUGCAGAUUUAUGGCUAGAAGGGGCUGAUGUUUUGAAAAUAGUUUGGCAGGAUUGCUCUAAAAAGUUAGUGGACGUAAAAGGUGUUAUAAGCCCUAAGGAGCACUUUCCUAAGUUCAUUGGAUGCAUGAAAAAAAUGACUUUACAAGCUCUCGAUCGAUCCCUUAGUUCAGAUAUUGUGCCAAUAUCGGAUGGAAUCAAUUUGGUGCGAUUUGAGCUGGUCGAUGGCUCUAGCAAUACAUUGCCUAUUUAUAGUUCCAGCACAUGGACGGAAAAGGAACUAGAUGAAGAAGAAUGGAGAGUUCUUGCCUUGCGCCGUAUUGCAAAAGUACUUCGGACUCACGUAAUAAAAUUUGAUUUGGAUGACACAAAAUUCGUUGAUAAAGAUGUUCUGUUCCAGAUUGCUCCUAGUCCGCUGAACUACGGAAUUUAUCAUCCUUACCCUUACGACCACUUCGAAAAAAGAAGCAUACGUAAUUGGCAAUCAUCAGUUAUUUCGCCACAAACCACAUCGCCAUCAAUGAUAAAUAAUAGCCCCUGGCCGAGCUCUGAUAUGAUAGAAACGAAAUUGAAUAGAGUACAAGUUGAAACAAAUAAACAAAACCUGAAAGAGUCAGUAACUUGGAAAUCAGAAAUAUCCGAAGAAUUAAAGAAGAAAUCUGAUGCCAGAAUUUUCCCAGUUUACCCUGGACCUUCAACUUCGGUAUUCACCGCUAUUGAUGACCCGACUUCUCUCGCAGACGUGGAAGCGAGACCAGGAGAGGUGCAAGCGGAUUACACCUUAGAUUUGCCGUAUAAUAGAUUUCACUUUCAAAGUCCCACUACUAUCGUUCCAUCUUGA